AUGACCCACUAUAAAUUGAUCUAUUUCGAUGCUCGCGGAUUUGGAGAACCAGCACGUCAACUGUUUCAUUUGGCUGGAGUUCCAUUCGAAGACGUUAGAAUAUCAUUUGAAGAGUUAAUGCCUGGAAAACAGAGUGCAUACUGGUUAGAGAUGAAAGAAAAAACCCCAUUUGGAAGACUUCCUGUUCUUUCUAUGGACGGAUUCGAAUUGGCCCAAUCAGCAGCGAUCAGUCGAUACUUGGCAAAAAAGUUUGGAUAUUCUGGAAAGACUCCUGAAGAAGAAGUAUGGGCGGAUGCUAUUGUAGAUCAGUUCAAAGAUUAUAUGGAAUCGUUUCGUCUUUUUAUUUAUGCUCAACGAGAAGGAAAAUCAGCCGAAGAAGUGAAAACGAUUCAUGACAAGAAAUAUGUUCCCGCUAAAAAUCAGUUUCUAGAAGUAAUUGAUAGGAUUCUGAAGACCAACAAAACAGGAUAUAUUGUUGGAAAUGGAUUGACUUGGGCCGAUUUGGUUGUAGCUGAUCAUAUAUUCACACUGCAAAAUAUAAAAAAGUUAGAUGAUGGUAUUCAUCAGAAUCUUAAGAAAUACCAAGAAAGCAUUUAUUCACUUCCAGAGUUGAAAGAACAUAUCGAGAAAAGGCCGAAAAGCGAAAUGUGA